CAGCAGGAACUAGGACACUCCUCUUGAGAUUCUACGUGAGAUUCAGAAAAGAAACUCUCGUCGUUCGACAUAGAAAUGAGAAGCUUCAUUUUACUAUUAUUUUCUAUUCAUCUUGCUUUUGCUAUGAUUGGCAGACAUCAUAGAGAUAGUGGAUUUUUGAAUCACGUACAAUUAGUACAUGAAUUUCGAUGCUCCAUGCCUCAAGCAAGAGCUGUACCAGUGUCAGAACUUCUAACUGUUGGUCCUAAUCCCGACGAAGUUUUCUAUCCUGCCUCCACCGUCCUAACGCGUUGCAACGGAGCUGGAUGUUGCCCAGAUCCUAAGCAAAUUUGUGCACCCAUCGAGACUAGAAACGUUAGUCUCGUUUUCAUGGUGAAACACACGAUCGAUCGACAACGAGACAGGCAUCACGAAGUGAUACACGCCUUGGAACACACGAAAUGCGGAUGUGUUGAUAAGAAAAUGAUCGAGUUCGAUUGAAUCAUCUUAACGGGAUCGUCGUUAGAACGUGAACAGAAAGUGGAUCGACGUAAGAUCUGUUGAAAAGAGAAGUACACGUGUUAUUAUAGUUACUUAGUUUCGCGUUAGAAAAUUAAAAUGUACCAAAACGUUGAUGAUCGCGCAAUUAUGUAACAUUAUAUAGUUAGUUUCUUACAUUUCAGGACCUGUGACUGUGAUAUUUUAAUGAUUUAAUAUAAAAUAUUAUAACUUUUUUACGUAACAUUAAUAAAUAUUUCUCUACGGUGACAAAAGAAUUUCUUGGAUCUCUCUUGUAACUAGAAACAAGAACAAACCUCUUAAUCUUUUAGCUGGAAGUAUUGUUUCGCGGCCAGCACGUCGCGCUUUAUGCUUUCAUUAUCCGGUGUUAAUUUCAGAGCAGCCUCUAGCUCAGGAAUACCAUGUUGAGGCGAGGAUAAUUUGCAAAGCGCUGCACCUCGUCGAGCGUGACACCUGGCCCUUGACUCGCGGUUACUUUCGCAUUUCGGUUCCAUUAGUUCUAGUGCCUGAAAGAAUACAAUAGAUGAACUUAGUAUAUGUUCCAUUCCAUGUAGACAUCUUAUUGUAACUUGGAUUACUUUCGAACAAUCUUCUAUACAUCUACAGUAAUUUCCUAACGCGUAAUGAGCUGCUGAUCUGUUCACAUAAAGCGAUACCAUUUUAUCGCUAAUUUGAAUCCCAUACGAAUAGGCGCUGAUAGCUCCUAGGUAGUUGCCAACCUUGAAAAACUCGCUAUCGUAUAAAUACAAACGGUAUAUUAGCUUGUUGAUUUAAUCUAACCUGAAGUUACCUAAGAUACGUACUCUCCCUUAUCUUUCAACCACUGUGGAUCGCGUUCUUCCGAUCGCAGGUCCUUCGUAUCGAAACCAAUUUUGCGCCUUGCCUCUGCUUGCUUUUGUAACCACUGUAAUUAUAUUAAUGGUAGGUAUAAUUAUGCGUCUACAUCAAUCUCGAUGGUUAGUAAAAUUAAGACAAAAAAAAGUACUUCUUGUUCUUCUAGGUGAUGACUUUCUCUAGCAGGAGUCGGGAACGCUCGUUCUGAAAAUGUGACAUUAAUCGUACCAUUUCUUCUUGGUAACGGUACCGACUUCGAUGGUUCUUCAAAUAUACUGCUUUUCCUCACGAGCCUCCCUUCUAUGGCAGCUUUUACAGAUUCCAGUCCGGGUCUUUUUUUUUUCGUAUAAAAUUUAUUUGAAACAUCUUUGUCCAUUUUUUUACUGUUUGAUCUUAAUUCAUAAUCCGAUUCGGAAUCCUCAUUGGAACAAUUGGCGUCAUUAAAGGAACUAUUUUCUUUUAUUAACGUUUUCGUUUUAACAUUGCUGUUCCAAGUUUCGAUUUCCGAUUGUAUUUCCACGAUUUUCUUUUCAUUAUUUCUUUCUUCUUUUAUCGUAGACUCGAAUUCUUUUGAGGAUGAAUUAUUAUUAAAUAUUUCUUCGGUAGUCAUUGGUCGAGACCUUAACGUGUUGUCAUUGUCUUUAAACCACUUUAACGGUGGUCUUAAAAAAAAAUAUAUAGAAGAUUAUUAUUAAAGGUAAAAGGCAUGUAACGGUAUAAUAUUUAUUAUAAUUUAGGUACUUAUAAGCCUUCCUGUUUUCUUGUAUUUCUCCUUCAACAUUAGAUAAUAAUGGUAACUCUGCUUUUGACCUCCACUCUUCAAAUUGUUGCAUAGCUUCCUUACGGUGCGCAUUUCGUACCGCAUCUAUUUUAUUUAACGUAGCCGUGUUGAUAUUAAUUUGUUCUCUCACUGCCUCCCUUUGCAGGUGUUGACGUUUCUCUAAAGAAGAUUACCAUCUGUCGGUCACUGUUCUUUAAUAUAAACUCGACAUUAAAUUUUCUAUACCUCUUUUCAGUUUGUUAUUAUCUUCAGCGACUUUUUGAGCCUGCUCUAAAGCUCGAUUUCGACAUUCUCGUUUAAACUCCUUGUCGAUGUUUUGUAUCUCAAGAGUGGGCCAUUCUAAACCGAUAUUUGUCUUGCGCAGAGUAAGUAUUGCCUCUUGAUCGGUUAUGGUGCACUUACUUUCCUUCUCAACAACAUUAGCCCAUAGAAACAGUUCCAAUAUGAACGGUGGAAAGCUUAUCUAUCAUUUUAUUAAACAAUAUACGAUUAUCGUUUGUAUUUAAUUAAGAAAAUUGUUAUAAUAAAACUUGUACCUUCGCAUAAUUAUCAAUCACGAACAAAUCCACUUUUCUUGGAUGGCCUCUUAUAGGUACGUUUAAUAUCAGGAACUCUGAAUUUUGCCGCCAAUUGUAGUCUUUAAUAUUUAUACUCGGCAUUGUUUGUUCUGCUAAUGAAAUAAAAUUUUAGACAGAUCAACGAUUAAAAUGAUUAAUUCUACUAAAUUACCGUCGAUACAGAACUGUACUCACAGAGUUUCGGUUAAAUAACGGAAUAUCGAUCAAACGUUUUCACGAUACCUAUCGAUAUUACGUAACUACAUUUAAAUUUGAAUUGUUCGCUUAAAAACAUACGACAAUACGUAGGAUUUUAUUAUUAUAUUUAUGAUAUGUCUUGGUACAUAAAAAAAUUCAAUGUACAUACAUAAAUAAUAUACAAUUACAAUUGAUGUAUCGUAUUCUUAGCAAUAUUUAUAUUUUGUCAAUUAGGUAAAAAAGAAACAGACCGCAAAUGUAUUGUAUGAAUUGUUUUUAAUUAAAACGUUUAAGAGUAUUUGUUGACAAUACUUUUUAUAGACAUUGUUAAAAACCUAUCAUUUAUGCAACUGUGACAUUCUUUGUCUUUAUCCAUGGAACUAUGUUUCUUUUCUUUCUUUCCUUCUUUCUUUCUUGUGAGCAAUACUUUUAAAACGAUUGAAAAGAUUCGGACACUAUAUGCAGCCUCACAGUGAUGUACAAGUUUAGUUACUAUAAUUUUGCUUUUUUUUGGACAAAUGACACUUCUUUAAGUCGCAUACUUAUGCCAUAUCUUUUAAAAAUCAACUACAAAAACUUAUCGUAAAUCAGUCGGUUUUUUAUCAAACGUCUGCUCCUAUGAAAUUACAAUAGUCAUUUAGAAACGAAUUGUAAGACGUUCCAAUCCGUAAAAAUUUUCAUUCAUUGAACACACGUACAUUUCAAAACAUAUCGGUGAUUACCCUGAGACGUAAGAAUGUUACAUUGUGUUAUAUGUAUUUUUUUUUUUUUUUUGUUUUCGAUCGGUUACCGCAUUUCGUUGUAC